AUGGUUUCCCUCGACUACCAGAUCAUCGAUGCCUUCACCUCGAAGCCCUUCGCCGGCAAUCCAGCUGCCGUAAUCGUUCUCGAUACUGACGAAUAUCCCGAAGACAGCUUUCUCCUCAAUAUCGCACGAGAAUUCAACCUUUCAGAAACAGCUUUUCUCAUUCCUUUCCACACCUCCGGCAACGAUUUCUUUCACCUACGUUGGUUCACUCCAACCACUGAAGUCGAUCUCUGCGGCCACGCAACCCUCGCUUCUGCACACGUUCUCUUCUCCACUCGAAACGAGGACUCCUCCUCCCUCACCUUCCAUACCAAAUCCGGAGCACUGAUUGCGACAAAGAGAGGAGAUCUAAUAGAACUUGACUUCCCCGAAGAACUCGUCGGCGCCAAACCCUUCAGUUCUCUUGAAGAACAAGCACAUCUUGAGGGAGUACUCGAAGUUGCGUUACCAGAUACGAAGAUCCUCAAUAUCGCGCGAAACCGCGUCGACUACCUUAUAGAAAUCGACUCCACCGCUCAUGGGCUCCAGUCCCUCCCCGUCGACAUCUCCGCUCUGAAACACUUCCAAGCACGCGGCGUAAUCAUCACUACCGCAGCCCGUGUACCUGGUCUCGAUUUCCACUCUCGUGGGUUUUUCCCAUUGAGUGGCGUCGAUGAGGAUCCAGUUACAGGAUCAGCACAUUGUAUGCUCGGGCCAUAUUGGAUCGACAAGUUGGGGAAGAGGGUUGUUAGGGCGACGCAGGGUGGACCGAGAACGGGGGAGAUUGAGGUUGAGUGGGAUCCUGUGAAAAAGAGGGUUUACUUGCGUGGGAGUGCAGUAAUGGUCGCAAAAGGUUCCAUUAUGAAGCCGACGGUGCACCUACCUGGCGACGCUCAUAGCGAUAGCCGCACACCUUAA